UCCUCUUAACUACUUUAGCUUAAAAUCCGUUCAUAUUCCCCGGUUUUUUCAUACGCAAAACCUGUAGAGUGCAUGAUCUUUUUUUAAAAUCUUAUUGUUCAGGUCUUCUGCUUUUUUUAAAAUUCUUGAAUCCAAUACAGUUGUCUGAGUUUCCGCUCUCAACUUUGUAGAUGGUGGUUUCGCCUUCGAAGCUAGGUAUACUCUACCCCUGCGUCUGGUUUGCAGAAGCACAGCCUCGGCAUUGAAUACUACGCAAGAUCUGAACAACAGAAAGGUACGAAAUUAAUCUAACGCCGUUGUAAUUUCCAAGGCGACGGGGAUUUUUUAGGGAUGGUUUCUUUGUAAUGCCCGAUUUGUCUGCACUUGAUUAGAGCUAUUGCAUUUCUUGUGGGUGUGGAUCUACUUAGUAUCUUGGAAAUGUCUAGUGUAUAGAGCUUCAGAGAACUAAGACUAGUCUUGGAUUGUUGGGUUUUCUCUGUAAGAUAUGUUAAUAUUGUAUGCUUAAACUGGGUUAAGAAUUUAAUGCACAGAGGCCCCAAGAGCUUAGUGCAUUGCGAUUCUGGCCCGGGAAUCGGGCAUCUGCCAAGGUAGUGUUACACCCACAAUCCCAAUCGCAGGAAAGGGAAAAAUCUUUCCCGUGUCUACCUGGUCCAUUAUGGCUAAUGUAGGCCUUCUCAUGUAGGAAGAAAUAGUAUGGCCAUAGGAUCCAUUGGAAAACAGAAAUAUUGGAGUGCCCACCUCAAUGGCUGCUUGCAUUCCCUUCUCCGUGAGCAGAGCCGGCAGUAGGAAAAAUUUCUUUUGUGAAGAUCAAGUGAAGGACAAAGAUGAGAACACGAGUUUUGAAGAGUCAGGACAGGAACAUUUUGUGCGUUCUUUGAGUGUACCGAAGAAGCUGGUCAGAAGUGUUAGUUUGAAGUUGAGAAAACUGAAUCUGAAAUUUGAUCAGGAGGGUGAAGGAAUGGUUGAUGAAGAGACUAGAAUUCAUACAAUUCACAGGGAAGACCAGGGCAAGGAGAGAUGGGAGUCUAGCAAAUGUCUUGGCUUGUAUGGAAAAGGCAAUCGUUGCAGGGUCGGGGAUGAUAUUAGCGAGGACAUGGGGAGAGGAAAUGAUAAGCCUAGAAAGGUAGUCGAUGGUGACUGCAUAGCUUCUGUUAGAGGAAAUCCAGAUAUAGAUGUUGACUGCAGAAGAGAGUUUCAUGGGUGUCUUGAUUUGGAUGCAAGAUUUGAGAGGUUAAGGGAGUGGAAUAGGGGAGAUUCACAGGGAGACAAAUCAUGUAAGUCCAUUGGCAAGAAGAAGGCAACGGAUAUCGACAGCACAGGUGGAUCUUUAAUAUACUCAGUGGAUGAAGAAGGGGAAUGGGCUAACAAGAGGGAGAGAAGCCACUUGGAAUGUUUUGCAUAUGGUGGAACUAACAAGUUCUGGAGAAGAAAUAGCAAGAGGUUAGUAGAAAGGAGGAAUGCCAUGAGUUCAAAAGAAGAGAGGCAUGUUUCUCUUCCAGAUGACAUCAUAGAAAUGUGUUUGGCUAGAGCAUCAUUGAUCAGUCUAAUGAAUGCAAGGCUAGUCUGCAAAAAGUGGAGAAUGUUAACUUCAAGUCCUCAUUUUAUGCAAAUGAGAACUGCCUAUCUGUCUCAGAAGCCAUGGCUCUUUUUGUUUGGUCUCUCUAGGGAUGGGGUUUCUGUAGGUCAAAUCCAGGCACUUGAUACCGCCAUGAAUAAAUGGUACAGACUUGAUGCAGAAAUUCUGAAAGGGAGGUUCAUGUUUUCAGUUGCUUGUGCAGGCAGUUCCAUCUAUGUUAUUGGUGGAUGUUCGACUUCAAAUUGCCCUGGUGGUGGGAUAGACAAAACCAAGUAUAAGACUCAUAAAGCUGUAUUAGUUUACAGUCCUUUCAUUGGGUCAUGGAAGAAAAUAGCCCCAAUGAAGUCGGCAAGAGCAUUGCCAGUGGUUGGUGUUUUUGAUGCUUAUUGUAGCAGCAAUGGCAUGUCUGGACUGUCUAUAAGGCAAGGUAGAAGAAGCAUUGAACAGGAUGGAAAUGAAGAAGAAGGUCAGAGUGUGGGCAAGUUGUCAACAAUCCAGGGAGGUGGGGUAGCAUCAUGCAGCACAUCAAGGUCUUUGGAGUCAAGAAGGAACCGACAUUCUGAGGUGUAUGGCGGUUCUCAAAAUGUUUCUGGCAAGCGACAACUGUGGGAAGUUCUUCAAGGAAUGAAAAUUUCAGGUUCUCAAGGGGCACUGCCUUUCUCCUCAGCACCUGACUUGGGUAAAAUUGCACGUGGGGAAGUAUCUGCAGAAGACAGAGAUCAAUCUAAACCAAAAGAGACAAAAGCUUUUGCUAUAAUAGUGGUAGGUGGACAUGGUCUAUGGAAUGAGCCUCUGGAUUCUGCAGAGAUCUAUGACUCAGCUUCCAACAGUUGGAGGGAAAUAGCAAGACUUCCUGCUGAUCAUGGGCGUGUUUGUGCAGGUGUAGUUUGCAACGGGGUGUUUUAUGUCUAUUCGGAAUCUGACAAGCUUGCUGCUUAUGAUUUUGAAAAGGACAGUUGGAUUGGAAUUCAAAUGGCUCAUUCUCCUGUCCGUCUUCCAGAAUACUUACCUAAGCUAGUGUCAUGCAAUGGCCGUCUCUUCAUGCUUUGUGUCUCAUGGUGUGAAAGAGAUGAACGUGAGAAUGGAAGAGAUAAAGCUACAAGAAAAUUGUGGGAGCUAGAUCUUAGUUCAUAUUCCUGGACCGAAAUAUCAAGGCAUCCAGAUGCUCCAUUGGAUUGGAAUGCAUCUUUUGUGGGGAAUGGGGAUCAAAUAUAUGGAGUAGAGAUGUUCAAGAUUUUUGGUCAAGUGCUGGACUUUGUCACUGUUUGUGAUGUUUCAGGACCAAAUUUCAAAUGGAGCCGUAUAUCUAGAGAGCAUGUGGCACAAGACAUGGAUGCAUCAUCAUGCAUGACAAAAGCAGCUGUUAUAGUGCAGUUGUGAAUUUUCCAUAACUAUAUCUAGAGAGCAUUUGGCAUAUGACAUGGAUGAUUCGUCCUGCAUGACAAAAGCAACUGUUGUAGUACAAUUCUGAACUUUGCUGAAAUUUAUGCAGCCUUUUGUCACUUAAGCUUAGGUAUGAUUCUUAAGCAUGGCCUCGAAAAGCUGUGCUAUUCUUUCAAUGUUACUGAGUUGUAAAUUGAUCCUUCACUUACAAGAAUUGAAAUCAUAAUUGAUGGUUUA